CCAAGUAAUCACCAAGAAAGGCUAUGGAUACCGCCUCAGAAAUGGAGCUACAAUCAGUCACCUCCUCUACAUGGAUGACAUAAAGCUGUAUGCUAAGAGCGAAAGGGACAUAGAUUCCCUGAUCCACACAACCAGGAUCUACAGCAGCGACAUCGGGAUGUCAUCAAAGGCUUGAGAAAUGUAGUCGGAUGGUGACUAAGAGAGGAAAUGUAGUCCGCACUGAAGGGGUCUCACUCCCUGAAGGAACAAUUGCAGACAUUGAGGACAGCUACAAGUACCUUGGUAUAGCACAAGCCAAUGGCAACCUCGAACUGGCAACAAGGAAAGCAGCGACGGCCAAAUACCUCCAGCGAGUGAGGCAAGUCCUAAGAAGCCAGCUCAAUGGCAAGAAUAAGACCCGGGCAAUAAACAGCUAUGCCCUGCCAGUGAUCAGAUACCCUGCAGGAAUAAUAAGGUGGCCAAAGGAAGAGAUUCAGACCACGGACGUUAAGACCCGAAAGCUCCUAACCAUGCAUGGAGGGUUCCAUCCCAAAUCCAGCACCCUGAGACUGUACGGAAGCCGAAAGGAAGGAGGCCGGGGACUAGUGAGUGUGAGAGCCACUGUCCAGGAUGAAACAUCCAAGCUCCAUGAAUACAUCAAGGAGAAGGCUCCAACGGAUGACGUACUCAGAGAAUGUCUCAGACAAUGGGGGACAGAAGAUGAGGUGCUGGAAGAGGGACCAUCAUGGGAGGACAAGGCCCUACACGGGAUGUACCACCGGACCAUAACUGAAGUGGCUGAUCUCAAGAAGUCCUAUCAGUGGCUAGAGAGGGCUGGCCUGAAGGACAGCACAGAGGCACUCAUCCUGGCUGCUCAGGAGCAGGCCUUGAGCACCAGAGCCAUCGAGGCCCAGAUAUACCACACCAGACAAGACCCAAGGUGUAGGUUGUGCAAAGAGGCACCUGGGACGAUCCAACACAUAACUGCAGGGUGUAAGAUGCUGGCAGGGAAAGCCUACAUGGAGCGCCAUAACCAGGUGGCUGGCAUAGUCUACCGAAACAUCUGUGCGGAGUAUGGACUGGAAACCCCAAGGUCAAAAUGGGAAACACCUCCGAAGGUGGUGGAGAAUGACAAAGCGAAGAUCCUGUGGGACUUCCAGAUCCAGACUGACAAGAUGGUAAUGGCGACACAACCAGAUAUCGUGAUCAUAGAUAAAGGGCAGAGGAAAGCCGUUGUAGUGGAUGUAGCGGUCCCAAGUGAUGGAAACAUCAGGAAGAAGGAACAUGAGAAACUCGAGAAAUACCAAGGGCUCAGAGAGGAGCUGGAGAGAGCCUGGAAGGUAAAGGUGACAGUCGUGCCUGUGGUGGUCGGAGCACUCGGGGCAUGCGCGCACUCUUAACACGUUAGCUUGAAGCAUACGGUUGCAUGCCAAGACAUACAGAUAAGAUAAAAACACGUUUUUAAAAAGGCAACGAAAGCAGAACUGAGUUCGGGUGUAUUUUAUUUAGCCAUCGUACAAUGUUCUCACGUUUUUCGAUCAAUCAUCACCCAGAAAUCCAUCAAAGUCCUCAUCCUCUGUAUCAGAAGCAGAGGACUGCACAUCUCAGUUGUCAUUGAAUGCAUCACAUGCUAGUGUGAGUUGCUACGCAUUGCCGAGCGGAAAGAAGGAGUAGCAACAGCAAAGUCAACAUUUCUCUCGUGUGAAGCUUUCCCACAUUUGAAAGUAAAGAACAGAGCGAAACAUGGUGGCAGCGCGUGUGUGUGUGUAGAAAGAAUUGAACAAUUGUGCAAGUACCGUAAUCCAUCAAAAACACCGUGUUCCCUCUCGUUGUUGCGUAUUGUGGCGUAACUCGCCAAGCGCUGCCUCUCACUCUUUGUAAAGUUGUAAACCAAAACCGAAGUUGUUUUGCAACAAUGCACAUAGCCACACUCUAUACAGGUGGUAGUACCUGCUUGGGGCGUCCCUUUAGCGUCCACUUACACGCCCACCCUUCACUCAUUGGCGGACUUCUCCCCCGCAUGCCUGUCCUCUCUCACGUCUGCCUUCUCUCUCUCUCUCUCUCUCUCUCUCUCUCUCUCUCUCUCUCUCUCUCUCUCUCUCUCUC